AUGGAUUCAACCGCCUCCCCAUCAGAGGUGGCUCAACUUGCCCCUGAACUCCAGUUUCCGCAUGGGUCAUGGCCGGACUGCAAAGGAUUGACGCACUUCUACCAUCCGACUCUUUGCAUCUAUUGUCAUAAUCCCGUGUUGAUACCGACCACGACAAGGGCUUUGAACUUGACGGUGGACAUGAGCCGUGCUAUGGUGUCAAAGGUGCUGAGUGCGUUAUCUACGAAGAUGGCCGUAUUGACUUUUGCAAGAUGGUUGUUCGCAUAUUCUGGCGAUCCGAAAGAUUACCUCACGAACAUGAAACCUUGUGCUCUCUUGUACUGCAAAGAUCCUCAUGUCGGUACCUGGAAGCUAAUUUGGGAAAUCACUCGUGAUAUGGAUCUCUCAAAAUACGAGGAUGAGGGUAUCUGCUGGUGUAAGGACAGUGAUAUCAAGGUAUCACAUGGACUUGUCACCUUCCAUCAAGAAUGCUUUAUGGCUAUCAACGGACCUGAUUUGUCUACGGAAAAAAUGGAUCGAAUGGGAAGAGCAUUGUUUUGGACGGACAUACGCCGUCUCGAUUUCUCUCCUCACAGUCGCCACUAUCUUCUCCAAAUACCCGAUGCGCAAGACUACCGUCACGAUUCCAUUUCCAGCGCGGGUCAAAUAUUUGGGCUCUCGCUUGAUCGUCUUCCGCUUGAGACACUACGGCAUAUUCAGUCAUAUUGUCGAGAUGCCCCGUUCUGGAAAACGGUAAAGUAUUUGGACCUUGCAACCUAUAUGGACAUGGGGCCAAGGACGGAGAUGCUGUCUACUUCUCUUGCCAAUGUUUUGCAAUGGACACGUGGAAGCACAUCGCCAGUGCUUUCUUCAGCAGAUGCCAUCUAUGGGCAUAUGCGUAUCACGAUUGAUAAGCAAGGAUUUUGCGAGAUCGACCGGCUUUCCGAGUACCCGUGUGUAUGCCUGGUGAAGCGGCCAUCCAAAAGGUUUAUUAUACUUGAAGCACACCAUGCCGAGAACAUUAGUGCCUCCUUCAAAGACGGAAUGUGUUGGCUCGGGUUACGGAAUACUCAUUCCAUCUCAACUAUCUGGGACAUCCCAACGCCCCCUAGUGGGCUUUUGUCAUCCUGCGGAACAAUGGUAGAGGUUCCAGGAAACAGACUCGAAACCAUUAACCUCGACGACAUUGGUGGUCUGACCUUGCGCUUCACUCUCUACGGAUUUGAGGCCAAAGGAUACAGCAAACCCGCGCCGUUAAGGCAAGCCAUGCAAUGGGACUCGUGGCAAGGGACAGCGUAUAUUCCGCUUGCAUCCAAUGAUAGAAUUCUAUGGAUGCAGGUCCGAAGGUACAGUGAUCAUACCUCUUGCAUAGGUGUACUGGUCAAGACUGAAUUGUCAGGUAUAAUCCACCUUGGAAAUCACGGCGGAGGACUUAGCGAGAUAAUCGCUUUCAGCGAAUCUCCACGUGCCAUCUUCCAGUACCCAGGCGGCGGAAAUAGUGCACAACAAGUCGUCGCCAUUCAUCCAAAAAGCAAGUCUUCCCUAGACCACGAAGUUUCCGAGCUUGUAAACAUUGGCCCUCCUAUCCCCGGUGUCAUACCUGUAUAUUUCGAUCACACUCCCAUCUGGUCCUGGGCUUCUCUGCAAGACAUAGCGAGCGUACACGUCUUCAACGCACUUGGCGACGGAGGUUUUGUGGGAAUGCACAUCACUUACAAGAAUGAAGGACAGCGGUUUGUAGGCGACGCCAAUAGAAGUGCGCCUUACCGGAUCUCUGGGUGUCAACCCAAGGAGGUGCGAGUUGAGAAUCCGACUCGACUGUACGUAAAUGCCAAGAUGCAUCUGGAUUACCACGAGAAAGUUAGGUUCUCUAUUGGUGAUGAUGACAAGUUGGAAAAUUCUCCACAAUGGACGGGGUAUGAUAUUGCAGGAGACUUGGGCUUUUGGGAGUUGCACUUUUGGUGUGACCCUACGGGCUGCUCUCACAGAAGUAAAAUACAGGUUCUCCGUUCUGGCAGUUGGCGGGGUGAAGUAGAAUGA